CAAAUUCGUUCUUAUAUCACAAACUAAUCAUUUAAAUUCCCGUUAAAUGUUGGCCCUCGGGGUGUGAACAGUAACCGGUUAACAGUGACCCCAACGUGAACAGUAACUCUACUUCCAAAAUUGGCCAAAACACUAGCUAAUCUCACGGGAUUUCACUCCAAAAAUCACAGCAAUCAAUUAACACUCAAUCACAUAAAUUCCCACUUGAAUUAAGCUAAAUCAUGGUCUAAUUACUAUCAAUUUUCUCCCCUAAUUAAACCAGAAUUUCAGACACAAAGGGCAGCAAUUAAAUGGCUAAAACUUGGACUUAGAGAAGCUGCCACAUACCAGAAUUCUCCAGCUAAAACCGGAGCUGCAGGGGGGAAGAGGAAGCCGGCGGCAAGCUGCAAGGGAACUCACGGACUAGCCAAAAAUUGGAGAACCAAAGUUAACCCAAGCUAAAUCAAGCUAAAAGGAUGGAUUAAUGGCUGUUUCUUACCAGAAAAUCAAGGCAAUUCGCACUCACAAGCAAGGAACAGCCGGCGGUGAGGAGCAGAGCAGCAGCAGAUCCGGGUUUUCCAGCAGAGGGGGAGAGAUUUCUGGGUUCUAUAUGGGUUCUAGAACAAGAAAGGAAGGGGAAAAUACCAAGCUUCCUUACCAAUUUUCCAAGGCAUGGCUGGGUUCUCUUUCUUUUUUUCUUCAGUUCACCUGGAAAGAGACGCACGAGAGGUGCAUCAGGCUCGCUUCUGCUCUUGCGCAGCUCCAGAUUUCCCGUGGAGAUGUGGUUGCUGCUUUGGCUCCAAAUAUCCCAGCUAUGUAUGAGCUGCAUUUUGGUGUUCCAAUGGCUGGGGCAAUUCUUUGUACACUUAAUAUACGUCUUGAUUCAGCCAUGGUGGCAUUGCUGCUGAGACAUUCAGAGGCCAAAAUCAUUUUUGUUGAUUACCACUUUCUCCAUAUUGCUCAGGGAGCAUUUCAAAUACUGUCCAAGGCCAGGACAAAGCUGCCUCAGCUGAUCUUGAUCCAAGAACCUGAACAGCAAGCUCCCAUCAGCAGCAAAACCAAUUUUACACAAACAAAAGACUUGGAAUAUGAGAGUUUUUUAGCCAUGGGAAAAGCAGAUUUUGAGAUCAGAAGGCCAAAAGAUGAAUGGGAACCUAUCUCGCUUAAUUACACAUCUGGCACAACAUCGAGUCCCAAAGGCGUCAUUUAUAGCCAUAGAGGUGCCUAUCUUAAUUCUCUGGCAACAGUUCUUAGUAGUGAAAUGGGAUCAAUGCCUGUGUAUCUAUGGACUGUCCCCAUGUUUCAUUGCAAUGGAUGGUGCCUCGCAUGGGGUGUGGCUGCACAAGGUGGCACAAAUAUUUGCUUAAGAAAUGUCACUGCAAAGGGAAUAUUUAGCAAUAUUGCUCAGCACAAGGUUACACACAUGGGUGGCGCGCCAACAGUUUUAAACAUGAUGUUAAAUGCUCCUGCUAGUGACCAAAAGCCACUUCCAGGGAAGGUAUUGGUGACAACAGGUGGCUCAGCACCACCUCCAAAUGUUCUCUUCAAGAUGGAAGAGCUAGGAUUCAGUGUGACUCAGUUGUAUGGGUUGACAGAAACUUAUGGCCCUGGAGUGUUUUGCACCUGGAAACCUGAAUGGAAUGUCCUUCCUCGAGAUGCACAGGCUAAAAUCAAGGCUCGGCAGGGGUUGCACCAUGUUGGGUUGGAGGAAUUUGAUGUUAAAGAUCCUUUUACCAUGAAGAGUGUACCAGCUGAUGCAAAAACCAUAGGGGAGAUUAUGUUCAGGGGUAACACUGUCAUGAAUGGAUACCUUAAAAAUGUUGAAGCAACAACAGAGGCUUUCACUGGUGGAUGGUUUCACAGUGGGGACUUAGGAGUGAGACACUCUGAUGGUUACAUAGAAAUCAAGGACCGCUCAAAGGACAUCAUCAUUUCUGGUGGAGAAAAUAUUAGUUCAAUUGAAGUUGAAUCUGUGCUUUGUGGCCAUUCAGCUGUUCUUGAGGCAGCUCCUUGUCUCUUUAUCUACUAAAAAAAAUGAAUGCAUAUGGUAAUG